AGAUAAGAGUCCCUUCAGAUUUGGAAAAGAUUGAAAUUGCCUUCCUCAUAUUGGCAACUCUGAGUACACUUGGUGUUAUUGCCAUGACAAUCUAUCGUCUUACUAAUACAGUUGAUGAGUCAGACUCUACAUUUGGAUUGGUACUUUUAGUCAACUCAGGUAGCGUAUGACAUCUAUAUGAUACUAAACAGUUUCCAACUUUCACACAUUCAGCUCGAGUCACGUGUUUGGCCUCACUUUUACGCCACUAUCUGUAAAUCUCUCCGAUAAAACUGUGUGUCUUGCUGUUCUUUAGAAAUUUGGCAUGAGACAUGAGUUUCGCGCCAAGAAAUGGCCUUUUAAACAAUUGUUAAACAUUUCCCAAAGGGAAUAAUAUAUACGUGUCCAGUAUUAGCGGAGGGUCUAUAAAUGAUAUAUUAUUAUACCGAAAAUUAAACGGCCUCCAAGUUGCGAAUAUAAAAUUUGCCACAUAUCACCCGGGUGAUAUGAUCAAAUCAGCUACGUCAAAUACGAUGACGUAAGGCGCGAUUCGAUAAUAAAUUUCAUGCUCACGUAGCAUAAACAUAGCUAAUUUAUAGAGCUGAACUAAAAUGGUUCGAAUCUUAUCUAACAAAGAGACAACAAGUGUGUUUUGUCAAUGGUCAUACAUCGUCUCCUAGACAAAUAACAUGUGGAGUCUCACAGGGCUUAAUUCUUGGCCCACUAUUAUUUUUACUAUAUGUUAAUUAUAUGCCAAAGUGUCUAAAAUCUACAACCCCUUGCCUCUAUGCUGACGAUACUGAAAUUUUUGCAUCAUUUGAUUAUGAUACAUUUAUACACUUGUUAAAAACCUAAAUGAUGAUCUAAAAAAUAUUCACACUUGGCUUACCAAAAAUAAGUUACAACACCAUCCAACUAAAACAAAAUUGAUGUUCAUUGGAUCACCAUACAAUCUUAAAAAUAGGAUUGGUGAAGCUACUGUAUUUUUUGGCGACAAACCAGUACCAUUAAUUCAUUCUCUUGAAAGCUUAGGAGUAGAAAUCGAUGAAAAUUUGAACUGGGAAAAACAUAUUGAUAAAAUAUGUACAAAAAUGCAAGUACAAAGUUUUAAAUGACCACGCUGCCCCGGGUCUAAAAGAAUCUUUUUACAAACGGAAUGUGACACAAAAUACCUACAAUCUCAGAAAUAGCGAAAAUGAUUUUUAAAUCAUGUUAAAACUCUUCCAAAACCUAGAACAGAAUAUCUAAGAAGAAGCUUUAAGCACAGCGGCGCUAUGUUAUGGAAUGACCUUUCGUCUGCAGCUAAAUCGGCGGAUACUCGUGAUUGCUUCAAAAGAGAGAUAGGUGCAAGCUAUAGAGGAAGAUUCUGUGCUAUACGUGCUAAACUAACUCUUGUAUAUAGUAUUUUUAAAUUGUAACUUUUUAACUUAAUUAUUUUCUUUGUAUUGUUUGUGUGACGCCCCUCGUGGAAAUCAGCACUAUGUUGACGAGGCUAGCGUUUUAAAUAAAGUUUUUACCUAUCUUACCUACCUAUCUACCUACGAUAGCUUUCUGAUUGGCCAUGCACUUUGAAUUUGAGGUAUAUUAUUAUAUGAUAUUUAAUUUGCUAACGAUGUUUCCUACCAUUUGCAAGCUUUAUUUUAACCCAUUUAAGGUUACAGGAUACCCUUUUUGGCGUUUUGCGUAAAUCGCUACUGCGCGCUCAAUAUCAGUCCGAUUUUAAUUAAAUUUUCACUAAAUGUUCGCCAGUGGAUGCAAAAUAUGGUAAAGUUGUAAAAUUAACAAACAAUAAAAUAAUGUAAGAAUUAUUCACGGUACGGGUACCGUUACGCUUUUGAGUUGUGCUCCUGCUGAUUUUAAGUUAUAUUUAUGAAAAUAUCAUUUUUAUACAGUAAAAUAGUUGUUCUAAAAAAUUGUGUUCGGAAAUUUUUGUUUAUUUCGUCAUUCCGCUGAUAUGGCGAUUUUUUUGACGACUGCAAUAUAUUUCUGAAUUGUUUGAGUGAAUUGCUCUUUAUUAUUAAAAUAUCCAAAAUUAAAAAAAAGCCGAACACAAUUUUGAAACUGACAUCUUUAGCUAUAUGUCCUGUGAAAAUUUGAAAAAAAAUAUGUUAAAACCCGCAGGAGAACAACUCGUUUGAAAAUCAGUAAUUGCCGUAAAAUUAUUCGGGAGAAAAUUGAAUUUGAAUAUUACAUUUUCAAUGUUUUUCUGAGUGCAGCGAAAUGUAUUUUAUUAAAUAACUCUGCGCGUUUUCAACAUUUUUCGUUCAAACUUGGUCAGAUAGUAGAACUAGUCUAAUGCUUUCAUGGAAACCAAUCGAAAAAAUUUUAGGCAAAAUUAACACUCAAAGGUGUUCUGUAACCUUAACAGGCGUAUAUGGCCACAUUUGAAAGCACAGUUAGUAGCGACUUUCGAAAGAAACCACCAUUCCAAUGUAACGGCAUCUAAGCCGAAGGGAUUUUAAACGGAAUGUAAGGUGGAUCGUUGCUUUCGAAAUAUUACGCCUAUACCAGAAAAACAUACCGCAGUCUAUAAAAACAUGCGCUUUGCAAAACAAAAAGUUCAUAAAACUGCCUUUUAUCACAUAAUAUCACUUCUACUUGAGUGUCAAACAGCAAUAAUUAUGCAAUUUUCUCAUGAAAAUAACUUUGCUUUCCUCUUUAUUUAAAGAUUUUUAGUAAUCUAAAUUCAUAAAAUUGGUAAUUUAUGAAAAUAAUGCGCAGAAUACGCUCUCAUUUUUAUUAGACGCAUCAGUUUUUAAUAAAGCGAACAUUACAUCAAUCUUAAAAGCUAACUUACCUUACGUUUUACGAUUACCUGCCAUCUAUAAUUCCCCUAUUCGUUUGUUAUCAAGCAAAAACAAAUAAAUUGUUUAGCUGCUCGUCCCAUUAAACGAUUUUUUCGCGUUUCUCAUUGAUGUUUUUUAUCCAUUCACACUCAUUUCACUGACCACUCAUGAAACUGGCCAUAUUUUUGAGAUCAGUUGGAGGUUUACCCAUGAAACAUAUAAUGACACGCCCGCGAUCAUUGAUGAACUAAUUUAGACCUUGUUAAUGCGUUCCCUCCCUGGUCACUGGUGUAUAAAAAUAUAGCAUUAUCCUUUCCACUGGUGUAAAUGUAUACUGGUGGAAUUAGUACCCUCCAGGAUUAAUACUUUUAUCGAACUUUUAUCUUCGUUAAAUUAUUCAAUGGCCAAUUUAAGAAAGCUUGAAAACUAUGUGGUGGAUAAUAAAUAAUUAUCUAUAAAAUACCUAUCUGGUGAAUUUGAUGAUUCUUAGCUUGAAAUAUUAAAAUAUGGUUUACUUCAAUUUGGAUUUAGCAUGUCAUUUAUGUUUCUUUAUAGUGUUUUGUUUGAUCUAUAUAUACCAUGGAGUAUUUGGAGAACGACCUUACCAACUUUGGGCGUUUAUGCUUGCAAUCAUAUCGAUUGUAGUGUACUGUAUCAUUCAGUUUGCUGUUAAAAGGAGUACGGUGUUACUGGUAAUAUAGUUUGUUCGUGUACCUAAUGUUGUGCCAGAAGACAUGAACUAAUUCAUAUAAUUUAUGUAAAAUAGUCACAAACACUUGUAGCUGUAGUAAAUGCAUGUUAAGGCUUGAUUCCACGGGCACUUUCUUCGGCGAAAUGCGAACAAUUUCGCGCGAAAUGAAUUAGGUGCAUGCGCAGUAAAUAUAAAUUAGGCUUCGCUUCACCAGUGAGUAUAAGUCAGUUCUACUCACUGCAAAAGCGGAAAAAGUGGGGAAAUUCAAUGGCUCGCGCAACCAUCCGUAUUUCGCAGACACAAUUUCUCGUGAAGAAUUUCGCCAUCGUGGAAUCAGGCCUUUAUGUUUCGAGGUUAUAGGUCGAGUAACUUUCCUGUAUACCAAGACUUUUCUCUGGGUCGCCUGGUUUUCUUUCCCCACCCAAUAUGGCUCAGGUCAGGGGCGGCGCUAGACGGGGUGUGGGUUAUGAACGAAUUCAUUUGGCAAAAAUUGAGCUGUUUGGGUACGGACCGAAUUAUCAAAUUGAAUUAUCUGCAUUAAAGCCAAACGUGAAUUUAAAUAUAAAACUUAAUACUUCAAAAAGUCAGGUGAAUAGAUAUCAUGAUGUGCUGUAUUGAAUCGUAGCGGGUUAUUGAAAAUUUCAAAACAGUCCAACAGUCUAUAUAUAUGCAGCGAAUUUUUUUUUGACAGCGGUCAGGCUGGAAACAGUUUUUGUGCGUGGUUAAAUUUAGUUUCAAUCAUUGAGGUAUAGUCAAUUGACUCUCUGCAUUUUAAAAUCCCCCCCCCGGAACCCCUAAGAACCCCUGUGUAAUUAAAAACAGUCACGUAUACUGUUGUCUACAGAUCUGAGUUUUUCUUGUCAAAGUGGAGACAUUUGCGUAAUCCGCGUAUAUGCAAUACCAAAGUUUACAAAAAUGUGCUCGUAUAUACAGACCAAGCUACUGUAAUGAUUCUGCAAAACUAUACCUCAUCCCCCCUCCCCUCAAUUGAAGGAGACCUAGCGCCCUCCCUGCUAUAGGCUUAACAAAAAAAUCCUGUGGUUCUGGUUUCUUGUGAAAAAAUCAGGAUAUAUAACGUAGGUGGGUAAAAACAAUCUUUUUUAAAAAUUUAAGUUUGCUUGACAUUAAUCAUAAGUGUGAUCAGGAAUUGGCAUUGCCGCAACACAAUAACCUUUUAAAAAGCAAGAACUGACAAUGGACGUCAUCUUUGGCCUCACGUUUUAUAUUUUAAGUAAGCAAAGUAAAGUCGGUAUAGUAGAUAAGCAAACAUCCUCAACCACACCCAAGAUAACAGGGUGCAUGGGAAGUAAAAAAAGCGCGGGUCAGUCGGGAAACUGUGAGUACAGGAUUAUGAACAUGUAUAUUAUGAACCACAGGCUUGGUGAACUUGGCAGACACAUCCUGUUUAAUCUUUAAUAAGUUAUUAUUAUUUAUAGAUUCGUCUAGUUGUCGUGUUGGUUUUUGCGCCAGUUAACCUUAUCCUCUGUUUCAAAAUUUCAAUGCAACAUUAUACUUCGAAGAAUCUUAUCUUCCGAACACUGCAUUCUGCUAAUAUAAAGUUUCAAAGUAAGUUGCUCACUUUGAUCGAGGGUUUUGUUUAUCGUUUUGGUUAGAACACAGAAACAACACCUUACUGCUGAGUACAGGCCUAAAAAACAUUGUUUGGUCCCGGGUUCAUGCUUCGGUAGGUCGGAGGAUUUUAUUCAAAUGGCUUGUCAAUAUUUUUAUUCAAUUGGUAU